UGAGGCAGCGGCGGCGGCCGCGAGCGUAGCGGGCCGGACCGAGCCCAGCGACGCGGGCGGCGGGUGCCGCAAACUCCUCACACGCCGUCCCCGCCAGCGCCCCGGCCGCGGACGGGCCCCUCGGGGCGGGCCGCGGGGAGGGCCGGGCCACGCGCGCCACUGCCGCCGCCCACGCGCGACCCUCGGGGGCCCGGUGCGACGCCCCUUUGUCCGGGGGGGCCGUUCAUGCCGCCGCCCCCCGCGCUCUGCGGGCCGGGCCGCGCCGAGCAGGGCUGUUUCUAGGCCUGAGGUGCCCACCCUGGCCCCUGGAGAAUGAACCAGCCGCAGAGGAUGGCGCCCGUGGGCACAGACAAGGAGCUCAGUGAUCUCCUGGACUUCAGCAUGAUGUUCCCACUGCCGGUGGCCAACGGCAAGGGCCGGCCCACCCCCCUGGCUGGCGCCCAGUUUGGAGGCUCAGGUCUCGAGGACCGACCCAGCUCGGGCUCCUGGGGCACCGGCGACCAGAGCAGCUCCUCGUUUGACCCCGGCCGGACCUACGGCGAAGGCACACACUUCACUGAGCCCCACGGCAGCCUCUCUUCGUCCACAUUCCUGGGACCCGGGCUCGCGGGCAAGGGCGGCGAGCGGAGCGCGUACACUGCCUUCGGGAGAGACGCAGGGCUCGGCGGCCUGAGCCAGGCCAGCUUCCUGCCCAGCGAGCUGGCCCUCAGCAGCCCCGGGCCGCUGUCCCCCUCGGGCACCAAGGGCGGCUCCCAGUAUUACUCCUACACCGGCCACCCCCGGCGGAGAGCCGCGGAGAGCGGGCUGGACUCACAGCCCAAGAAGGUCCGGAAGGUGCCGCCGGGUCUCCCGUCCUCGGUGUACCCGUCCAGCUCAGGCGACGACUACGGCAGGGACAGCGGUGCCUACCCCUCUGCCAAGACCCCCGGCGGCACCUACCCCACCCCCUUCUACGUGGCAGAUGGCAGCCUGCACCCUUCGGCCGAGCUCUGGAGCCCCUCGGGCCAGGCGGGCUUCGGGCCCGUGCUGGGGGGGCCCUCGUCCCCCCUGCCCCUCACGCCAGGCGGCAGUGGCUCCGGCGGGGGGUUCGGCAGCCUCCCGCCCCACGAGCGCAUGGGCUACCAGCUGCACGGAACGGAGGUGAACGGCCGGCUCCCUGCAGUGUCCACCUUCUCCGCGGCCCCCACGGCCGCCUACGGCAGCGGCGCCAGCCACACGCCCCCCGUCGGCGGGGCCGACGGCCUCCUGGGGUCCCGCGGGACGACGGCCGGCAGCUCUGGGGACGCCCUGGGGAAAGCAUUGGCUUCGAUCUACUCCCCGGAUCACUCCAGCAAUAACUUCUCCUCUAGUCCCUCGACCCCCGUGGGCUCCCCACAAGGCCUAGCAGGGACAUCGCAGUGGACCCGGACGGGGGGCCCCGGUGCCUUAUCGCCGAGCUACGACGGGGGUCUCCACAGCCUGAACAAGAUGGAGGACCGCCUGGACGAAGCCAUCCACGUGCUGCGCAGCCACGCGGUGGGCACAGCCGCUGACGCUCACGGGCUGCUACCCGGCCACGGGGCCCUGGCCUCUGGCUUCCCCGGCCCCGUCCUGCCCCUGGGCGGGCGACAUGCCAGCCUGGUCGGAGGCGGCCACUCGGAAGACGCGCUCACGGGCAGCGGCAGCCUCCUGCACAACCACGUCGCCCUCCCCAGCCAGCCUGGCCCCCUCCCCGACCUGUCCCGGCCCCCGGACUCCUACAGCGGGCUCGGCCGCGCCGGCGGCGUCUCGGGUGCCGGCGAGAUCAAACGCGAGGAGAAGGAAGACGAGGAGAGCGCCUCCGUGGCCGACGCCUCGGAGGAGGAGAAGAAGGAGCCGAAGCCGCCCCGGCCCCGGACCAGCCCGGACGAGGACGAGGACGACCUUCUCCCCCCAGAGCAGAAGGCUGAGCGGGAGAAGGAGCGCCGGGUGGCCAAUAACGCGCGGGAGCGGCUGCGGGUCCGAGACAUCAAUGAGGCUUUUAAGGAGCUGGGGCGCAUGUGCCAGCUGCACCUCAGCAGCGAGAAGCCCCAGACCAAACUGCUCAUCCUGCACCAGGCCGUGUCGGUCAUCCUGAACCUGGAGCAGCAGGUGCGAGAGCGUAACCUGAACCCCAAAGCGGCUUGCUUGAAGCGAAGAGAAGAGGAGAAGGUGUCGGGUGUGGUCGGAGACCCCCAGAUGGUGCUGGCGGCUGCCCCCCAGGGCCUGAGCGAGCCCCGCAACCCCGCAGGGCACAUGUGAAAGGUGCGCGCGCGGACGAGCACCCGGCCCGCGCCCCGCACGCCGGUGGUCGGCCUUGAGCGGGCACAGCCCCCGGUGGGGGGGGGCGGGGGGCGGCGGGGGGGGCCCUCCCUGGCCUUGAGCACCCCCUCCCUCGGGGUCUCACCGCCUUGACGUCUGGGGGACUUUCCUGGCGGGUUGGAAACUGCAGCUCAGGACCCCAGGACCAGCCCAAAGGGGCAGUUUUGUUUUUCAUUUGUAAACAAAACCAGGAAGCAAGCAAGAUUCGUACUUUGUCAGAAGAGACAAAAAAAUGCCUUAAGUAUAGAACGCGGGGGAGUCCAGACCUGCCGCCCGGCGGCCGCGGAGGCUGCACCCCCAGCGGCUCUGGACGAGCCGGCGACCGUGCCUACACCUGACCCUUGUCUUAAGGAAAAUAAAGGACGUUAGUUAGGAGAUUUUUUUUUUAAUGUAUUAGAAAAUUAGCAACAAGGAUGCCUUUGAUCUUUUUUUUAAGCUUUUUUGCAUAUGUUUUGUAAGCAACAAAUUUUUUGUAUAAAAGUCUCUUGUCUCUUGCUA